AUGCCAACUUACUGCAGAACACCUGCUUCUUCAAGAAGUGUGGACAACAUAUUGCUAACUCUAUCUGUCCAUGCCACUAUCUGUCAAUACGAAGGGUUACCAUUUCGAUACCCUGGGAACAAAUACACAUGGAAGCACUUCUGUGACAUGUCUGAUGCAAGGGUGCUAGCUGAGCAACAAAUAUGGGCAGCGGUCUUUGAUGUUGGAUUUGUGGCCUAUGAAGAGAGUGAUGAGAAGUUUGAUUGGCUGGGGAUGAUGAAGGGUAAAGGCAAGAUGUGGGAUGAGAUUGUUGAGAAGUAUGAGCUGUUAGAGACUAAGAUGGAGGAUAUUACUUGUUUCGAAGCACUUAAUGUGGUUUUGAAUUUCAGGUUUCAACAUGUCUGUAGCAUGAUUAAGAGUAGAGAAUUUGAGUUUCUAGGGUAUGCUGAUACACUCAAAAGUAUUCAAAUGUGGGUGGGCAGAUUGAGAGCCAUGAAAAUGAUACCACGAAGAUGA